UGGAGUCAUCCCAUGCCCGCCCGGAUGGAGCCAUUCUGAAGUGUGUACCUGUGUGUGUGGAUGGUCACUUUUUUUUUCCACGCCAGCUCCAAUAUACCGUCAAAGUUCCUCGUUCCCUGGUUGCUAAGAACGAAAAGAGUACGGAUAAAGACACCUUAUUUUUGGGGGGUUGAAACAGCCACAGGGUUCUUGUCUGAUAGCCAUACACAAUUCUCCGCGAUUCGUGUUUCCACUAUUUGCUAUAGAUCGCCACUCCCCUCACUGGUAUGUACCUUUGUGCGGUGGGCUUGAGACAAUCUCACUUUUGAGAUCCCUCACAUUUGCAACUCAACUGUAGCCUGUUUUUGGUGCGCCUUCCUCAUUCGUUCAUUUACAGAAAAUACAUCAUGGCAUCUCAAGAGAACACCAACGCCCCGCCGGCGGCAGCAACCGAUGCGGUCCUUGUCGUCUCGGAAGAAAUGCCCGAAGGCGCACAGAAAGUCGAGGAGUUGGACUUUGAUGAUAUCAAGGGCCCGAUCACCGCCGAGAGUCUCUACAAUGGUAUGAGAUUCAUGGGUUUCCAAGCCUCAUCUCUGACCGAGUCCAUCCGGAUCAUCAAUGACAUGAGGGCCUGGAGAGACCCAGAAACCGGCGACAAGACCACCAUCUUCCUGGGCUACACCUCCAACAUGAUCUCCUCCGGCAUGCGCGGCGUCUUCCGGUGGCUGGUCAAGCACAAGCACGUCUCCGCCAUCGUCACCACCGCCGGCGGCAUCGAGGAGGACUUUAUUAAGUGCCUGGGCGACACCUACAUGUCGUCCUUUAGCGCCGACGGCGAAGGCCUGCGCAAAAAGGGCCAGAACAGAAUCGGCAACCUCGUCGUCCCGAACUCCAACUACCGCGCCUUCGAGGACUGGGUCGUGCCCAUCUUUGACAAGAUGUACGAGGAGCAGGAGGCCAGCAAGGGCACCGACGACGAGAUCAACUGGACGCCCUCCAAGAUGAUCCACCGCCUCGGCAAGGAGAUCAACGACGAGCGCUCCGUCUACUACUGGGCGUGGAAGAACGACAUCCCCGUCUUCUGCCCCGCGCUCACGGACGGGAGCUUGGGCGAUAUGCUGUACUUUCACACCUUCAAGACCUCGCCUGGCCAGCUCAAGUGCGACAUCGUCGAGGAUAUCCGAAAGAUCAACACCAUCUCGGUGCGCGCCAAGAGGGCGGGCAUGAUUAUCUUGGGUGGCGGCGUCAUCAAGCAUCACAUUGCGAACGCCUGCCUGAUGCGCAACGGCGCCGAGUCGGCCGUGUACAUCAACACUGGCCAGGAGUUUGAUGGAAGCGAUGCGGGCGCCAGGCCGGAUGAGGCCGUUUCCUGGGGAAAGAUCAAGAUUGGCGCCGAUGCCGUCAAGGUCUAUGCGGACGCCACUUUGGUAUUCCCGUUCAUUGUUGCAAAUACUUUUGCCAAAGACAAAUCAUCAUAGACAUAACAAGCGGGAAAGAGACAAGAAAAGCAAUUACAUCGUACACCUAAGAGCCGCCACAUGUUGUUUCUGGGACUGGGCUUCUUACAAUACUGACUCCCACUCAGGGGACUUUGAUCUAACAUGUCCCUGACCUUCCGUCCCCUCGCAAUCUGGCCCACAUGAUUCAGCAUCAGGACCAGGGCAGCAGCACGGAAGAUCAAGCUCGUCCGGGACUGGUGAGUCGCCGCAUUCCGGGCACACCCAGG